AUCGCCAUGCAUUAGUCCGCCACAUGACUGGCGGCGAGGCCCGUUAAUGUGUGGUGGUCUAGUCUCUCAGUCCUAAAUGUCUUCCCGUGGAUUUUUAACCAUGCACUUUCAAAUCUGUAAACGCCUGGUUCACAAGUGCUUGUCAAGAACCUACACGUCUGGGCCUUCUCUCAACGAGGUCGUCAUAAUCAGUGCAGUCCGCACUCCAAUGGGCUCCUUCAAAGGCAGCCUUGCAGCAGUCCCAGCCACUAAACUAGGCUCCAUUGCCAUCAAGGGAGCCAUAGACAAAGCAGGCAUCACUCCUGAGGAGGUGAAGGAGGUCUAUAUGGGCAAUGUGCUUCAGGCAGGACAAGGACAGGCCCCCACACGACAAGCCUUGCUUGGUGCAGGCUUGACCCUUGGCACUCCAGCAACAACCAUCAACAAAGUCUGUGCAUCUGGAAUGAAGUCCAUCAUGAUGGCAGCCCAGAGUCUAAUGUGUGGACACCAGGAUGUCAUGGUGGCAGGAGGGAUGGAGAGCAUGUCAAAUGUACCUUAUGUAAUGGCCAGAGAGACCCCAGCAUACGGAGGAGUGAGGAUGGAAGACCUUAUCGUCAAGGAUGGACUCACUGACGUCUACAACAAAUUCCAUAUGGGAAACUGUGCAGAGAACACAGCCAAGAACUACAAAAUCACCAGAGAGGACCAGGACGCCUACGCCAUCAGCUCAUACAGCCGCAGCAAAGCAGCACAUGAGUCUGGUGUGCUGGCCAAGGAAACUGUACCAGUCAGCAUUCCUCAGAAAGGCAAACCUGAUGUGGUUGUGUCUGAGGAUGAGGAAUGGAGGAGAGUGGACUUCAGCAAAGUCCCCAAAUUGAAGGCAGUGUUCCAGAAAGAGAAUGGCACAGUGACUGCAGCCAACGCCAGCACAUUGAAUGAUGGAGCUGCUGCUCUCGUUUUAAUGACAGCAGAUGCUGCGAAGAGACUCAACAUCACUCCAUUGGCAAGAAUUGUCUCUUUUGCUGAUGCUGCUGUUGCACCGAUUGAUUUCCCCAUUGCUCCUGCAUAUGCUGUACCAAAGGUCCUGGAUGCAGCAGGGCUGAAGAAGGAUGAUAUCGCCAUGUGGGAGAUCAAUGAGGCCUUCAGUGUGGUCGUCCUGGCCAACAUCAAGAUGCUGGACAUUGACCCAGAGAAAGUCAACGUCAACGGGGGAGCAGUGUCACUGGGACAUCCAAUUGGAAUGUCUGGGGCGAGAAUUGUGGGUCACAUGGUGCACAACCUGAAGUCAGGUCAGUAUGGGCUGGCAAGCAUCUGCAAUGGAGGUGGUGGAGCAUCAUCUAUUCUGAUACAAAAACUGUAGGAAACUUAAUUUAAAAAUGACUCACCCUGAUAAACUGAAGUGUGAUGCUGAUCAGGUGGUUCCAAAUAUUAAGACAUCUGUAAAGUCCCUUUUACUGUGAAGAAUAGUUCUGUUACAAGGUCAUUCACUCUGUUGUUUUAUAAAAUGUCUUGUGCAAACAGUAGAUUAAUAUUUAACUCUGAACUGAAAUGGUUGAAUAAAUAGUUUCUGUUAAA